GUAUUUAUGCUAUUGAGUAUUGACAUGUGUACCAAUUAGAAGCUAGAAUUGGGAGUGGUUCUCCUAUUAUACCUAACUCUUUUUCUCCAUGCAUAACCAACUACAUUCCUACAAAAGUAGUUGAGAUUAGGUCUCAUUCUGUCCAUGUACAUAUAAGUAUAUAAACCUAUCUCCACCUCCUCAUGUUUCAACCAAUUCCUCAUCACAACAAUGUUUCUCAUUUUCUUUACCUCUCUGCGCCAUCGUAUUUUAAUGCGGUGGCCAAUGUUACUAUAUGCUGCAACAUGGACCGCACUUCUAACUGCCACAGUCGCGGUGGCAUCCUUCUCGCCGGAAAUGGCAUUUGUAUCGGCCAUAUCUACGUCCUCUUCGUUCUCGAAUGAAUGCAAAGUAGAGGGAACAGUUAGAAUUCCCCUGGAUUUUCCUGGGGAGAUUGUGUGCUUGCCUGCUAAUCUGUUUGAAAGAUCUAAGAUUGAUUUUAUUGUUCCUCCUGUCUUUGCUGCUGUUGUUGUGGCCGGUUCUGCUUGGGUUGUUCGCACCUUGGGCUUGCCGGUGGACCGCGAGGCCCGUUGAUGUGUGUCAUUUUUGUUUUUUUUGGACUGUUUGUACAAAUGUUUUAAAUUUUUAAAAAGUUUAUAUUUAUAUAUCACACUUUUAUA